AUGGCCACAGCUGCACACAAACUAGACGGACAGCAGUGCAUUUGCGGUGCAUGCUCAUGUGGAAAACACCGUUGCAAAUUAGUCGCUGUGCAAUCCACUGCACCGUUAGAAUCAGUAACUGAAUACAACCGCACAUUCCAUUCUCAUCAAUUGGAUGUGAAGCGUGUUCGCCCAGUAUACGUUCCUACUCAGAGUGGUAAAUUCCAAGGAACCAGUGAAGCCCAUGAUAUUUUUAUUGCUCACCCAUUGCCUGACCGUGUUCCUCCUCAUCGUGAAGUCUACGUCCCAUCUCCAGGUGCAUUCGACGGCACCACCUCUCAAAAGAACGACUACAAGCCUUGGCCUGGCAAUCACCGUCCAGACGUCAAACCCCGUGAAUUGAACUUGACCUUGCCCAACUCCAAGUUUGAAGGAAUUUCAACGAGCAAGGCUGAUUACGUUCAACGACCAGUCCCACCUCGUUACCACCACCCUCCUGCAGUAUACACUCCAACUGAGGGUGCAUUUGAAGGUCAGUCUACUCAGACUUCCGAUUAUGGAUGGAAGGGAACUGUUCAUACUGCUUCGAUGAAGCCACCACCAAACACUGUUUGGCAGACGGAAGACCGUGAUUUUAAGACUGCUGCUGCAGCUGCUUAUAUCACUCACAAGGAUGUUGAUCACAAGUUGUUCAAGCCUCAACCCCAAGUCUUGCCUCCAACCAAAUUCGAAGGAGUCUCCACAACAGCCGAAUCCUUUGUUCCCAAACAAAUACCAAUCCGCAACCGUGACUUGGGCAAAGUGCAAUACGUUCCCAACCCAGCCAAGUUUGAAGGACAAUCGACCACCGCAGACUCGUACAUUGUCAAACCAAUCCCAUACCGAAACCGUGAUUUAGGCAAAGUCCCAUAUGUGCCAAACACUGCCAAGUUUGAGGGUAACUCAACUACAGCUGAUUCGUUUAUGCCUAAGCCUAUUCCUACUCGUGUGAGCUAUGCUCCCAAGGACUGGUACCACCCAGCUGCUGAUGACCGUGAUUUUAAGACUGAAGCCAAGUCGUCCCAUGAUGUAAAGCAUAUGGAAGCUUGUGCGAUUAAGCAAAUGGAUAAUAUGGGAGUGAGUGCUGAUGGUCAUACCCUUAUGGCAUCCAGGCAAUCACGUCAGUGA